UAAAAAAUAGUAAAACCAUAGGAAGUUAGGAGGGAACCUAGGAUUAGAAGAGAGCCUCUCUUCCAAAGAGAGAGAUAUCGUCCCACUUGCGGCUUAGAUAUUCUUCGACUUUUUUCCUCUUUCUUCUUCCUCUUCUUCUAUUGCUUUUCUCGAUUUGCUAGAAACCCUAGAACCACUGGAUCUACCUUCGAUUUCACUGUUCUGCAUUCUACCUUUCCAUUUUUGGUAAUGGAAGCUUAGGUUAGGCUCUGCUCUUACCAAUUGCUAUUUCCGAAUUAGGGAUUUUAGCUCUGCAGAUUCACUUCGUCGGUGUUCAAUCUGAGAUCGAAUUGGUGCUAAUUAAUCACUACUUUCUCUAAUGGCUUCUGGUGCUGGUAAGCCCUUCUGGGUAAAACACGCGGAAGACGCGAAAAUCAAGGACGAAGGAGAGAAAGACGCUGCAGCGAAAGCAGCUUUCGAAGCUACAUUCAAAGGCAUCGACCAAACUACACCUCUUAUCGAAGCAGCUCCUUCCUCUAUAGUAUCGCAAUCUGCGCCUGAAUCUGACAGCGAUUCGGACGAUGAAUCUGAUUACUUAUCAAGGAAACCAAUUGGUCCCGUGGAUCCGAGCAAGUCCACGGCUUCUGGAGCUGGGAUCGGUGGAGGAACGGCUUGCGUACCGUCUACGUUUGUAGUUAUAACUAAAGACUCCGAUGGAAGAAAAGUUCCUAAUGGUGGAGCUUUGGUUAGGGUUAAAGUGUCUCCUGGUGUAGGUGUUGGUGGUACAGAUCAAGAAGGAGUGGUUAAAGAUGUUGGUGAUGGGAGUUAUGCUGUUACUUACGUUGUGCCUAAGAGAGGGAACUAUAUGGUGAACAUUGAAUGCAAUGGGAAUCCGAUUAUGGGAAGCCCUUUUCCAGUUUUCUUUAGCCAAGGUUCUUCUUCGACUGGACUGAUUGGUUCUGCUCCAGCUUCAUACUCGAACCUCGUGAAUCAAACAAUGCCAAACAUGCCCAAUUACACUGGUUCGGUCUCGGGUGCAUUCCCGGGGCUAUUGGGAAUGGUUCCAGGUAUUGCACCUGGUCCUUCAGGUGGUGCUAUUUUGCCUGGUGUUGGAGCUUCACUUGGUGAAGUCUGCAGGGAAUAUCUUAAUGGUAGAUGUGCAAACACUGUUUGUAAGUUGAACCAUCCUCCUCAGAAUCUGCUGAUGACUGCUAUAGCUGCAACAACAAGCAUGGGUAGUCUUAGUCAGGUUCCUAUGGCACCUUCCGCAGCAGCAAUGGCUGCUGCUCAGGCCAUUGUCGCCGCACAAGCCCUUCAAGCACAUGCUUCUCAAAUGCAAGCUCAGGCUCGAUCAAACAAAGGCUCUUUAGCUUCUCAUUUAGGUUCCAUAGGAGAAGGAGUACAUGGAGAGGCAUUAAAGAAAUAUCUCCAAGUUAGCAACCUGAGUCCACUGCUUACAACUGAGCAGCUUAGGCAGCUAUUUAGCUUCUGUGGCACAGUAGUUGACUGUACUAUAACUGAUUCAAAGCACCAUGCUUAUAUAGAGUACUCAAAGCCCGAGGAAGCAACGGCGGCUUUGGCAUUAAACAAUAUGGAAGUCUGUGGUAGGCCUUUGAAUGUUGAGAUUGCGAAAUCGCUUCCUCAGAAACCAUCUUCGGAUAAUUCUUCUUCAUCCUCACUACCAAUGAUGAUGCAACAGGCCGUCGCUAUGCAGCAGAUGCAGUUCCAACAAGCUAUACUGAUGCAACAAGCCAUGGCUACUCAGCAGGCGGCGAAUAGAGCUGCCACCAUGAAGUCUGCCACGGAGCUCGCAGCGGCUAGAGCUGCAGAGAUAAGUAAGAAACUAAAACCUGAUGGAGUUGGAAAUGAUGAAAAGGUAGCUGAACAGAAAUCUAGGUCACCAUCUAACUCUCCUGCGAGGUCGAGAUCGAAGUCAAAAUCACCAAUUAGUUACAGGAGAAGGAGGAGAUCUCCGUCUUAUUCACCACCGUUUCGUCGCCCCAGAAGUCAUAGAUCAAGAUCACCGUUGAGAUAUCGCGGACGAUCAACUUACGAGGGGAGAAGACGGUCAUAUAGAGAUUCUAGGGAUAUUUCUGAGAGUAGGAGAUACGGUAGAUCAGAUGAACACCAUUCUUCUAGUUCAAGGAGAAGCAGAAGCGUAAGCCCCAAGAAGAGAAAGUCCCAGCAGGAUGAUUCAGAGGUGUGGAGACAUCGAUCGCGUAGAGAUAAGAAAUCAUCUCGUGGUGGUUCACGAUCACCAAGGCGACGCAAGGAAAGUAAAUCAACCACAAGAGACGAUGAAGAAAGCAAACAUAGUAAACGCAGAACACGUUCACGAUCCAGAUCAGUGGAAGAUUCUGCAGAAAAGAAGGAUGAAGGUAGAAAUGAGGAGUUGAAACAUCACAAAAAGCGGUCGAGGUCAAGAUCUCGUGAAGGUAGGAACAAAACCAGAGACGCGUCCCCGAGUUCUGACGAUACUAAAGAGAAACACAGAGGGAGGUCGAGGUCUAAAUCAUUGGAAAUCAACAAUGGCUCUCAUGAGAAUACUGAUGUUGCUGAAGACGAUGAUCUGUUAAUGUCAGUGGAAGAGGACUGUGAUAUGAAGGAGAAGAGGAGGGGAAGGUCCAGGUCUAGAUCAGUGGAAACUAAACACAAGUCUUCUGGGAAAAAUGAGCUUGAUGAAGAUAAAAACUCAGGAUCGCGUAGAAGAAGGAGGUCGAGGUCAAAAUCAGUGGAAGGUAAGCGUAGUAGUUAUAGCAAGGAGAGUCGAAGCAGGGACAAAAAGUCCAAGCAUCGUAGUGGAAGACGGUCGAGAUCAGCAUCUCCUGAUGAAAGGAGAUCAAGACAUAGGCAACAACACUCUACUAGGUCGAGAUCGAUAGAGAAAAAGAAGAGUUCAAGAGAUAAAAGAUCGAAACGCCAUGGAGACGACGAUAAAGGACGAGACGAUAAAUCAUCAUCUCCUGUUAGUUCAGAAGAUCAUCUCUGCAAAUAGCAGAGACCCUUCUUUGAAACGAAGUAUUUUUCGAAUUUUGUCUAUGCCACUUUCGAUUUAACUGUUAAAAACAUUAUUAUCAAAGUUGUUUCUG